CGUCAAGACAGAUCUACAACAAUGCACUGAAUCACUGAUUAAUGGAAAUUGCAUUUGUGGAAUGAUUGUCGGAGAAAAAAAAAAGGAGCGGGACAUGGCGAACAGAUUAUUUGCUGUGCAGGUCAUCAAAGCUCCGGAGGCUCGGAAGACGGAGGCUACUGCAAAAACGUUUAUUCCUGGCGAAACCCUGGACGCGGCAAUGGUGGAUACCAAGGGUGAGGAGGAGGAGGAGGAAGAAGAAGAGGAGGAGGAGGAGGAGGAGGAGGAGUCCGUCCAGCCGCCGCAACGGCUGCCACAGCCACAGCCACAGCCGCCGCCCCAGCCCCAGCCCCAGGCGCAGCCUCAGCAACAACCACCAUCUCGGCCGAGAAAGGGUCCGACACCUGAGGAGAUUAUGGCAAUCAGGGCUGCAAUCCAAACUGCCCAAACUCUUGAGGAGGUGGCAAGAUUGGAACGGGCCUUGCGGUCAGGUCAGCUGCCGACGGAGUUGAGAUUGAGUGGAGAUCCCGGAGUGCCGAGACCCCCAAUAGGUGGUGCUCCAUUGCCGCCAAUGCUAAACGCGGCUGUUGCUAGGACGCAGACACAUGAAGGCGCACAUGAAGAGGAUGCAGACAUGAAGGGGUUAGGUGAGGAGGAUGGAGAAGAGGACAGGAAGGGGUCAAGACAUGAGGAGGAGGAGGAGGAGGAGGAGGGUAGCGACAGUGACGUGGAGGAGGAGGGUCGACACCAGGGUAAGGGGGAGGAGAAGGAGGAGAAGGUAGAGGAGAAGGAGGAGAAGGUAGAGGAGGAGAAGAAGGAGAGGAUAGAGGAGGAGAAGGAGAAGGAGAAGGAGAACGUAGAGGAGGGAAGAAAGGAAGGGGUGGAGGGGGGGGGUGAGAAGAGGGAGAAGGAGAAAGAGGGGCCUGCAGAAGAGUUUAAAGGGGUGAGAGAGAGGAAGGUGGUGGAUGCKAGAGACGAGGACAUGGAGGAAGCAAAGCAUGUGGACAAGAGGAGAAAGGUUGCUGUCAGGGACGAUAGUGACCAGUCUGAUAGGGGGGGUGAGAAGAGGGAGAAGGWGAAAGAGGAGCCUGCAGAAGAGUUUAAAGGGGUGAGAGAGAGGGAGGUGGUGGAUGCAAGAGACGAGGACAUGGAGGAAGCAAAGCAUGUGGACAAGAGGAGAAAGGUUGCUCUCAGCGAUGAUGGUGACCAGUCUGAUAGUGAAUCGUCGCUUUCAGACAGAAGCGACUCGUCAGAGGAAGAAGACAGCGGCAAAGCCGACAUGCAAGAGGAUUGAAGAUUGGAGUCGUUCCCGAGUUCGAAAGGUAGAAGCAAUCAAGCCAGCAAGCAUGGAAUCAGAUCAGGAAAAUGGAAGAGAGAAGAGAGCACAGAUCCGUGAAGAGGCUUCCAGACAUACGAUUAGAGCAGCCUGCUUGCUCAUGUCAUCAGAAUCUUUGUCCCGCAACGACAGCCGGCCAAGAAAAUACUGAUCUUCAGCGUUUUCUUCUAGCCACUCCUUUGGAUGGUCGUCUACUGUGUAACCAUUAGGAAGUGACUCGGACCUGCUCGCCAUGUAUGUCUGCGUACCUCCACGUCUACUGUGAUUGUAACUCUGUACCUUCUGCUGCUGCUGUUUCACAAGACCUCUAUUCUCUCGACAGGAUGAACGGCGGAUAUCACGUCGCACCUUACCCCCAUUUCAUUGCCCCCCUCAUAGUGCCCCCCCUCUUCCCCAGAGUGCCCCCCUCUUUUUCCUCCUACCCACCCUUUUUGUGGCUGCAGUGAAGAAGGUAUGGACCUGGCCGUACACGUUGACCAGGUUCUCGUGAAUGCCCCCCAACCAUGUGUGUGGUGGUGAAGUCUAGUGACUCUAGUGAAUGCAUGUGAUAGUAGGGUUGGCCUUAUAUUAGAGUUAGCAGCAGUUCAGAGUGGUGCUAUGUCAGUGACAAGAAAGCAUGCACCUGGCCGUCCGGGUUGGCCAGGUUCUUGAUACCUUACUUGGCACAAACAUAGCGCACCAGACGGCCUGUCCCUCAGUUGGCUCGCGCUUUAUUUAGACGAUCAGCCGUCAUAUGUACAAUGUGCCAGAAGCGAAUGGUGGAUUCCAUGUCCCUUGUGGCUCUCUUCUGCUUCUCAUGCCCUUCUUUCACCAAUUGGAGGGCAGCCUUAGCGAGCCAAGUGAGACAGGAUCAAGUCCACAUACAAUGCAUCAAUCAAGAGCCCCGGCCCAUGAGAAGAAAGUGAAAUGGGAGGAAGGUCGGUCGGAGAGCCCGGAAAACACAAAUGACGGUUCUGGCCGGAGAACAGGCAUCCGCCACAGAAAGAAAAAAGGAGAUGAGGGAGAAAGAAAAGAAUGAGGUAGAUGGAGAAGGGAGGGGGGUUAGGCUAUUGGAGGGGGGAAGGGGGUUGGGAGGGGGGGGGGAGUGAGGACGAACCAUGGAACGGAAGGAGAUGGGGGUGCAACCACCACAGGAGAAGCGGAUCGACGUGUCAGAUUGUGAAUUUUAAAACAAGAGUUUGUGUCCCGUCAUUCACCUCCCGCAUGAAAUCUCCGGUGCACGGAAGUGAAACCAGUGAAAGUUGGCGUCAAGACCGUUAUCCAGCGAAUAAUGAGAGGUGCAAGUCGGCAAAUGUAGGGAAAAUGUGUAGGAAAUGUUUUGCCUGGUCUAUCUGGUGGGAACAAGGCAUGGAUGAAGGAGGGAAAGACAGGGGGGAACGGGACGGAAGGGGUGGGGGAGGUGGAGAUGUGGGAGCGGGGAGGGUGUGAAGUUGGCAGGGAGGAGGGAUGGAGAUGUGGGAGAGGGAGGAAGCCACAGACAAGUGGACAGGCGGGAGGGAUGGCAGACCAGGAAGGCAGGAAGACGACCGUGGAGACCGAGAAGGGAGACAGGUAAGGCGACGAGGAGGGAGUGAGGGGCCUCUGAUCUGUUUGUGCAGGUGGCAACACGAGCGAGAUAGGCGGUGUGCUAUAACUAUAAGGAAUGCAGAGGUAGGUUAAGUUUUUUUUUUUUUUUUUUUUUUCAUUUUAAGGUUAGCUUUGCAGCAGGAACGAACGAGAACUGUGAGAGUUCUGCGAUAUGCCAAAAGAAUC